AUGAUGUUGGACGACUACGGAGCGGACGCCAACACUACGGACGAUAGAUCUCGCACACCAAUUUUUCAUGCAAUGCGCACUAAGAACGAGACAAUUAUUCGCACGCUUCUUCUCGACAAGAGAGCGGAUAUCAAUUGGCAAGAUCAGCGCAGGCAGACCCCACUCGUAUAUGCCAUUGAAAGGAGUCUUCUGUCUACUGCAUCACUUUUACUGGAUUUUAAUCCAUGUCUGAAUAUAACGGAUAUCAAGAACCGGUCUGCUAUUUGGUACGCCAUCGCAUUCUGGGAUGAGAACCUGGUGCAAGUCCUUCUGGAACGGGGCAGCGAUAUACGAACGCCAGAUUACAAACGAUUUUCGCCACUCAGCCUUGCUAUUGCCAAGAAAACCCCGAGAAUUACCCGGCUGUUACUCCUUCAUUCAGAUUCCAAUUCAAGAAAGACCUUACUGGACGAUGUCACUAUCAGAAACCGUCUGCUCCGUCAGGCUAUACAGGCAAGCCUUCAUGAUAUCAUCGCCUUACUCCUUGCCCAUGGCGCAGAUCCCAAUUCUAGAAAUAGAGAUGGUCAGAGCCUGUUGCAUCAAGCCACGAAAAACGGUGACAGGGAGGUAGUCCAACAAUUGCUCGCCUAUGAAGAGGUUUCCGUCAAUGCAACGGAUAGAGAGUCCUGCACUGCUCUCCACGUCGCAGCAAAGUAUGGAUGCACGUCGGUAGCCAAGUGUCUGCUAGCCAAAUGCGGUAUAGAUUCCAACGCAAGAGACAGUUACGGUCGAACCGCAUUCCACAUCGAAGCAGAAUAUGGCAAUAAGUCGAUCACAGGGCUUCUUUUAGCCUAUGGUGCUGUGGAUAUCAAUGCCCCAGAUGUUAAUGGGGCAACAGCACUCUGCUUAGCUGCAGAUGCAAAACACACAGCUAUAGCCCUGCAGAUUCUCGCAGAAGAUCAUGUGGACGUCAACAUGGCCGGUCAAAUUGGCAGGACAGCUCUUCACCAUGCGGCGAGAACGGGAAAUAUACCGAUCGCAUGUGUCCUUCUCGCCAAGGAGGAUCUAGAUCCUAACGUUCGCGACGACCAGGGAUGGCCCUCCCUCACCUACGCUGCUUUCAAUGGUGAUUUACGCAUGGUGGAACUCUUCCUUGCAAGGGGAGACAUACAAGUGAACGUGCAACAGGCCCCUCCACUGUUCCAUGCCGCCAAAGAGGGUCAUGUGGAAGUUGUACGCCGAUUACUUCAGUUUGAUACCAUCGACGUCAAUCAGCAAUUUUGGAACAGCACGCCUCUCUGUGUUGCCUCCGAGAUGGGAUACCCGGAAGUUACAAGGUUACUCCUUGAAUACACAACACCCCCCGACCUCAAUCUCAAAACUUAUAUGGGAGACACUGCACUUUCCUUGGCCGCUUACCAUGGCCAUUUGGCUAUUAUAAAUCUCUUGCUGGAGGAAAAUGGGCUGGAUGUUACCGCUACUGACAAAUUCGGAGACACGGCGUUAUGCAAAGCAGCUCGGAAUGGACACGAACAGGUUGUCAAGCGUCUCUACAGGGACACUCGGGCAAAAUGUGCUAGUGAUGUGAAAAGGGCGAUUGAAGCAGCUUCCGACUGUAGAAUUGCGCUCUACCUUGAAGGUCACUUGGAUGAGGAGGGCAACUUUUGCACUUGGCCUUGA